UCUCUCCUGAAUUGAAUGGCAAGUGACUCCACCGUUUCAUCUUGUACCACUUGUGAUCUCGUAUUUAAUUCAGUGGACUCGUUGGAGGUACAUUUAAUAUAUCAUAAAGAAAAUUUGUUUGCUAAGUGGGGUACGAAUAGCUCACAGAAUGGUACCGACAGUAAAAUAGGAACACAAGUACAAAGAGAAGCAACAGUGUCGGCGCUGGCCGUCUCCAGUGGCACCAUGAUCACCAAGCCCAGUCCCGAGUUCUCGCAGCGGAACACCCCGGAAACAUCCAACCAGUUUCCCCAUCCAGCAACCCCGCAGAGCUACCACAGCGCUCCGUCACCAUAUCAAAAUCCAGACCAAAACAACUUUUCGCCUGCACCUCAGUUUUCUAAUAAUUUUUCUCAUUCUGGCUUCAGUCAAAGUCAACAUUCAGACCAAAUUAAUUGGGAUCAACCUCCUAACUAUCACAACCUAAACCGCUUCCACCCAUAUGGCGUGCAAGAACAACCGCCAAAGGCGACUUCGGCUAGCCCGUUGUAUAGCCAGUCCCUCAAUCAACCCACACCGUCGCCAUCACCCAACCGAUGCGACAAGUGCGGCUUUGUUUGUGAAUCCGCCAUUCAACUUAACGAACAUUGCAAUUCAGCCCAUCCCGGCGCUAGCUCCACUUCAAGCGCAGGAGUUAUACCAUUUCAACAGUACCCACCAAAGCAAUAUAAUAAUACAGGCUACCAGAAUGAAAGUGCCAAAGUAAAGGAUGACCACGAGGAGUCGUCAGACAUAUUAGACCUUGACUCUCAAAAAGUUGUCUAUCAAGGAAACGAAGGCGAAUCUCAAGCUUCAGCCUAUGAAGAUGCAUCAGCACAAGGCCGCGAUGUGAACACUCGAGCUGUGCCUAUGAUGCCAUGGGAUACACAAAAGAUAUACAGUAAUGCUCAGUUGAAUGGAGAUGUAUCUUUAUUCAACAAGGAACAAAAAAUGUUUGCUGAACAGAAAGGAGCUUAUCAAACAGACACAAACAAGGUAUUUCAUCCAGAUCAAAAGUUCGCCCAAGUUUACACACAAGAAAAGUUCCUAAGUGGCCAUCAUGAACAGAAACCUUUCAUGCAUGUUGAGCAAAAGAUAUACUCUGGCGUACAAAUGCCAUCACUAGCCGAAUAUCCCGCCGGGCUAACAUCCACAAAUCCCGAUAUGAAACCUCCAUAUCGCCCUUACGACUCUCCGUCGGCACCACAAAUAUCAAGCACACAGUCGGCUAAUCCUUCAUCAACGACUAUGCCGUCAAUCGGAGGUAAAGGAGCUAAUUGGAAAUCUAAUGAAGCGCGGCGCCCUAAAACAUACAAUUGCACCGCAUGCAACAAAUGGUUUACAAGUUCCGGCCAUCUCAAGCGGCAUUACAACACAACAUUGCACAAGAAUGCAGUUCGUUCUUCUGGGCAGCCGGACCCGGCGACCAUGCCCAUAUCAAGCCAUCAUCAUCCGAGCCGGGAUUCUAUUCAAAAUCGUGUGCAACAACAAUCAGCGGACUCUAGUAACACGCAGAGUCCAGUUCCAUCAGAAGACGGUCGCGGCGUAGACGACGUGUCGCUGCAGCAACCCUACGCUGCUCAGAACUUCGACCGAGUGCAUCGUGUUGCCGCCAUGCAGUCCAAGACGCCGUAUCCUCUACAGGGUAAUUUAGAUAAUAAUUUUGGUAAUAAUCCUUUAGCUAAUCACCCCUUACAGCACCAAGUGGGAUCGCAUUCGCUCAAUAUAGGUAGUCAACCUCCCGGUAUAGGAAAUCCGAAUGAUAAUAAUCUUCAAGGGCCAAAAGGCGCCGCUGCCGUAUCUUCACCUGGCAAUCCCCCAAACGGGGAAGCAGGUCCCUCUGUCUCCCAAAGUCACCAUAUGAGGGGCCUGCUAUCAGUCUCAACCAGCAAUAUUACAGCUCCGGCUCUAACCCAGAAUUCGCCAGCGCUUACGGCGCACACGCUACCCCCGUUCAGCCAUUUGGGUGUCAACCCGUACAGCACGAGGUCUACGGAACCUUUGGGGCCUUCGGUUCCGGACCCCACGCACACUCCCUUAUAUUUGGGUCAGAAUUUUCAGCAGACUAUAGCACCGAAUUACCCAAACGGGAUGGCCCCCCACGUUAUGGAUAUGGCUAUCAACAAUCUGCCUAUAGCCAAUCCGGCUACUUUUGGUGAAUCCGCACCUGAAAUUAGAGAGCAGGAAACGUUAACAGAGCCUGCCGGCGGUCGCUUACCUAGCUUUGCGCAGCUCCAAACGCCAAGUUUUAGCGUUUACGUUUCUAAUUUCGGUAAUCAGCCUAACGUGGGGGGUCAUGCUGUCGGAGACGAUUCUACUGCGGGAUACAUUAUCGUCGACCCAUUAAACUCUCAAUUGCAGUACAAUAAUGUCGACUUAAACGCAGAGUCUAUGGACUUCAAUUUCAGCGUUUCACCCAGACCGAUCAAACAAGACAAUGCCGUUAAUUACACCCCAGAUAAUAUAAAACUUUAUCCGUAUGGUUACGCGGUCGGAGGGAAAACUAUUAAACGCGAUGAUGACUUUAUGCGAACAAACUCUAGCCAACUACAAAUUUUGAAAAUUGAGGAUAUUAUGGAUUAUGCUAAUAAGGAGAACUAUAGUACUCAUAUGAAGUCUCCAGCUAGUCCGGAGAGCGCGCAGAUCUCGCCCCGCCAGUCGCCGGUGUCGACCACCAUCGCGCCGCUGGUCGAACACAACCAGCUAAAAAAAGCAUCUCCCGAUAUCAUACAUAAGUGCUACGAGUGUGACAAAAUAUUCAACAAAGCCUGUUAUCUCACACAGCACAACAAAUCAUUCCACUCAGGGGAAAAACCGUUUAAAUGUGACCGUUGUGGUAAACGUUUUCCCGAUGAUUCCUCAUACGAAGAGCAUGUAACUAAACAUAGUCAUGACAAACCUUUCAAAUGUCCAGAAUGUCCCAAGUCUUUUAAUCAUAAGACAGAUCUUCGUAGGCACAUGUGUCUUCACUCCGGUUGUAAACCGUUUGCAUGCGAACAUUGCGGCAAAGGGUUUAUCAGGAAAGACCACAUGGUCAAACAUUGUGACACGCACAAAAAGAAGAUGCGUUCUUCUUCGGCCAUCCCGGCGACUCCGCCGUCUGCAAGUUGUCCUAAUUCACCAUCAUCAGUGUUGCAAUAUGUUCUCAAUUAAAUUCUAAUAGGUUUCACGUUAACAUAUCAUUUUGAAAUUAAUUUUUAUCCUUAACGAAUGAUUGAAAUUUUAGGUUAGUUUCUAUUUCAAAUAAUUUUUCGGUUACGAAAUGAUCGCAGUAGCGCCGCCGUAGUUAUCUUUCGUUCUGUAGACCCUUGUUGAAUAUAUUUUUUAAAUUACAUUAUACAUACAUUGUUUUUUCCUAAUCGAUUCUAGAUGAUUAUGUUUAAAUUAAUUAUUAAGAGUUCAUAAAGAAAGUUGAGAUCGUAAUGGAAUUUGGAUGCGAUCGUGUCGGCCCCGCUAAGCCGACACUCGUAGGUCCACGGAACGCGAGGUCCUUUUAUUGUUAAUUCAACUUAACCUUGUGUUACUUACAAGGUGACUUUACCAGCCUGGCGGUCUGCCCGCCAAACAUAUAAUUACAUGACGCUGCCGGCGAUACUGCGAGCAUAUAACAAACCAUAUCAUAUUAAUAUCAUUUUAAA